AUGGCCAAGAUUAGCAAGAGGAAGAUGCAGGUGUGUUUAGCACAAGUAGAACCCGAUUGGGAUCCUGAAACUUGGGAUGGCAACAUCUGGAGCUCAGAUGAAGAGUCCGAAGGGGUAAAUGCAUUGCCUGUGGUCACAAGAAAGUUGGAGUACACUGACCUGGGGUAAGUUAGCAAGACCUCUAUUGAAGACUAUACACAGCAAGAGAUGACUGAUAUUCUUUCAACCUUCAGACAGCGGUCAAAGGAACCGCUGGAUGAGUGGGUUGUCAGACUAGCUGAAACAGGAGCAGGAGGUAUUAAUCUUGAUGCCAUACACUCACCAAAGUUGUCUACUAUCUCAGAGGAUGAGAAUGUCAGGAGGAUGUUGUUAAACAGACCUCCCGCAGUAGAUGGGAGUCCGGCUUCACUCACUCUCCUGGAGCUUGUCCAGAUAGGGUUAAAAUUGCGGUAUCCAUCUGUCAGUGACUGGCCAGAUAAUGACAAACCAUGGUACGGGCUGACAGAUGCAGUAAGGAAACUGAAACAGCAGAUGGUCACACAGGCUAUCCAGAAUUCACAACAGCUGGAUAGACUGAUGGAAAUACCUGUGACAGUUCAAAUAAGAAAUAAGAUCAUAAAAACUGCCCCUCCAGCAUAUAA